AGCUAGUUUUCGAGGCUGGCAGCUGCUGCUGGAAGGCCACGAUUGAUGGUCCAGAGCUUGAAGGUAGAAGGGUGCAUCAUCGGCAACACCCUUGCUUCUCAUUGUCCAACCCGCUUCUUCUACAAUUCGUCAAUUGCCGGGCGCGUGAGGUUCAUGAGCCUCUUGCCGUCGUCAUUUCCAAGAUGAAGACGUCAGCGGUCUUCUCUGCCUUGCUGUCGCUGCUGUCGUUGGCUUCGGCCGCGAGCGCGGACAGCAAGAGCAGCUCCACCAGCACCACCCUCCCGGCCACCUUCAAGCCUCCCCAGGUCUUCAAGAACGCCAAUCUCGUCCACGUUAUUUCCGUCGAGAAGAACUACGUGAAGGAGAACAUCAACGUACUCGUACAGAACAUCGACAAGGCGGCUCAAGAUGAAUACUUUCUGCCGUUCACGGCGGACCAGAUGUCCCGGGUCGGAGGGGUGGAAGUGAAGGAUCGCAAGGACAGCAACGCUGGGCCGUUCGUUGCCGAGCCCGUUGAGUUUGAUCAAGAAAGUGACAUCCAGUACCUCCGCAUCCGUCUUCCGAAGCCCCUUGCGCCCGGCGCGCAACAGACGCUCGGUAUCAGCUACUACCUCCUCAAGGCGUACAAGCCCCUCCCCGCCUCCAUCAAGCAGGAGGAGCCGCAAUUCCUCUCCUUCUCCUUCUCGGCCUACUGCCCCUCCGCCUACACGACGACCAAGCAAAAGACCGAAGUCAAGUUCCCGUCGAGCACCAUCCCCGAUUACACUAAGCUCCCGGGGAGUGGCGAUAUCCAAGAGUUCCCGCAGGUGCAGGGGUCUAAGCUCACGUACGGCCCCUUCGACGAGAAGCCCGCGGGCGCGACCCAGCCCGUUAGCGUGCGGUUCGAGUUCAACAAGCCCGUGACGCACGUCUCGCAUCUCGAGCGCGAUAUCGAGGUCAGCCAUUGGGGCGGCAACGUCGCCUUCGAGGAGCGCUACACGCUGUACCACCGCGGUGCCAACCUGUCGUCGCUGUUCAACCGCGUCAAGUGGCAGCAGGCGCAGUACUACCAGCCCAACAGCUUCGCGCUCAAGGAAUUGAAGUUCCCCCUGCGCGUGGGCAGCGCCGAUCCCUACUAUACCGACGUUAUCGGCAACGUCUCGACGUCCAAGUUCAGGAGCAACAAGCGCGAGGCCCUCCUCGAGAUCAAGCCGCGAUACCCCGUCUUUGGCGGGUGGAAGUUCCCGUUCACCAUCGGCUGGAACUCGGAUGCCAAGAACUUCCUGAGGCAGACGGCCGCUGGGGGGUUCGUGCUCAAUGUCCCCUUUCUCGAGGGCCCUAGGCAGUCGGAGGGUGUCGAGUACGAGCACGUGCAGGUCCGGGUUAUCCUUCCCGAAGGCGCCGAAAACGUGAAGUAUCACACCGCCAUCCCGGCUCAGUCUAUCAACGACGCCGCCGUUGAGGUUCACCGGACAUUCCUCGAUACCAUUGGCCGGACUGCCCUCAUCAUCAAGGCGCGCAACCUGGUGGACGACUUCAGGGACCGCGAGCUGGUCAUCACAUAUGACUACCCGCUCAUGGCGGCCCUGCGCAAGCCAUUGAUUGUGUUCGGCAGCGCCGUUGCCGUGUUUGUCGGCGCGUGGGUGGUGGGGAAUCUGGAGUUGAAGUUUGAUUCGAGGAAGAAAUAGAGGGGGGAGGGCCGGGAUAAUAGAAAAUGGUCGGUUUUUCUUGGUUCUGUGUACUUUGUAAGUAUUCUGUCUGCCAUCUAGUGGCUAGAAAAGCAGCGACAGGGUGAUUUCUCUGGUUGUGUACUGAAAAGGGGCCGUGAGCUUUCCAUGCACGCUUUGCGUAGCCGGUGUUCAUGAAGCGAGUCAGUGAUGAUGGGCUCCAACAAGCAUAGGUCCGAUGGUGUAGUUGGUUAUCACGUCAGUCUAACACACUGAAGGUCUCCAGUUCGAGCCUGGAUCGGAUCAAGCAUCAGUGAGUGGAACGGUUAAUUACCGGACCAUCAUAUUUUUGCGUUUGUGGGUGGGUGGUGUGGAGAUGCCAUUGUCGUGGGAGUCAGGGGGUGAAACCC